AGUGCCGGUCGAGUCAUCCUGCUCCUGCAUGCAGGAGGCGCGUGAUAACCGAUGGAGGCUUCAUAUUAGAGUAAGGAUUCGCGGUGGCGUCGCCCCGUCGUCGAUAUCGAGCGAGCUCUCCGACGCGCGCGACGCGUCGCGCUGAUUCUCCUCCCCGCGUUCUCCUCGCUUCGCCCACCAUUCCCGUGGCUCUAGUAGAAGAGACCUCACCUCCGACGAAUGCCCAGUAAAGCGCGUGAGCUCGGUGAAGGUGUGUCAUGGAGAGUAAUACUUCGACAGAGACGCCAGCGAUAAUCUAUUAAAAAAAAAAAGGGAAGGAUUGAGAGAAAGAUCCUUAGAGAUCCAUUCGGCGAAUAAAUAGAAUCAGCAUCGCGCGAGAGCGAACGCUAUUGAGAAAUCAGGAUAAAACGCGAUAAAGAAGAAACGACGCGUUGAGAGAAGGGAGACAGCAAGGACCGGUCCCGGAAGGGCAGAGGUCGACGAGGGGUGGAAAGAUAAGGAGUGCGAAUAAAGGACGAAGACGACGAAGCGUGGAAGGAUAGCAGCUGCGUAAGGUGCGAACGGCGGUGGUUGUAUUGAAAAGUAGCGGCGUGGUGUCAUGAGAGGCGGUCUCACGGUCCGCCCUUCUUAUCGGUCCCUCCAAGAGUCAUGCAUGUCGCGCCCCUCAAACGAGCUAUCGUGGGACAUGAUCCGCAGACGAGCAACAGCAGUCAGCCGCAGUUGCAACAGCAGCAAUUACAAUCUGGGGGUUGGCUGGGGGGCGGUGUCAGUGACACUGGCAGCGGACUGGUCUGCCGAUCAUCGUCAAACAAAUCGAUCAACGGCAGCGGCAAGUCGUCGUUAUGUCAUCAUCCUCAACAACAGCAACAACAGCAAGGCCAAUCUGGGAGUAUGGGGGAUGACGAAGACGGGGGUGGAGGGAGCGGAGGGCUGGAGGGGACGGACGCAGAGGCGAACAACGCUGUUCACCUCAAGAGACGGGUGGGACUCGUCAGUGGGGUGGCUCUAAUCGUCGGCACGAUGAUCGGCUCCGGUAUCUUCGUGUCGCCGUCGGGUCUGCUGCUGCGUACCGGCAGCGUCGGCAUCAGUUUCGUCGUGUGGACCGCAUGCGGUCUGCUGAGUCUGUGCGGCGCCCUCGCCUACGCCGAGCUGGGCACCAUGAAUACGAGCAGCGGUGCCGAAUAUGCGUACUUCAUGGAUGCGUUCGGCGCACCGCCUGCUUUCCUCUUCUCUUGGGUGUCCACCCUGGUGCUCAAGCCGUCGCAAAUGGCGAUUAUCUGCCUGUCAUUCGCCCAGUAUACCGUCGAAGCGUUCACCGUCGAUUGUGAACCACCCGAUCAAGUGGUCAAGGUCGUCGCCCUGCUGGCAAUCGUUUUGAUACUCUUGAUCAACUGUUACAGCGUCAAUCUGGCCACUGGCGUACAGAACGCCUUCACCGCCGCCAAGCUGAUGGCGAUACUCGUGGUAAUUGUCGGCGGUUCGUACAAAUUGAUACAGGGUAACACGCAGCAUCUACAAACGGCGUUCAACACUAUUGACGGCAGCACUAUCAACUUCGGCCGCCUCGCCACUGCUUUCUACACCGGCCUCUGGGCUUACGACGGCUGGAAUAAUCUGAACUACGUGACCGAAGAGAUCAAGAACCCUUCCAAGAAUCUGCCCAGGUCCAUCAUGAUCGGCAUACCACUCGUCACACUUUGUUACGCGCUGAUCAACAUAUCUUAUCUAGCGGUCAUGUCACCAUCGGAAAUGAUCGAGAGCGAGGCUGUGGCAGUAACAUUCGGCAAUCGGAUACUGGGUGUGAUGGCAUGGCUGAUGCCGCUUUCCGUAGCGAUUAGCACAUUCGGGUCCGCUAAUGGCACUCUAUUCGCUGCGGGCAGGCUCUGCUUUGCUGCGUCGCGAGAGGGUCACCUGCUCGAUUGCUUGAGCUACGUACACGUGCGACGCUUCACUCCUGCGCCAGGCCUCAUCUUCCAUUCCCUCGUAGCAGGUGAAAUUGUCGCUACCGUUUUGACUUCAAGGUAUCUAGACGCAUUAAGCCAAGUCAUUGAUUUCGCAGGCGCGAUGGUUCUCUCUGGCAAUAUCGACUCGUUGAUUGAUUUCUUCUCAUUCACUGCAUGGAUAUUCUACGGCGGCGCGAUGCUCGCUCUGCUGGUAAUGCGGAGGACCAGACCGAACCAUCCGCGACCGUACAAAUGCCCGCUAGUGAUACCUGUGCUUGUGCUCAUCAUCUCUGCAUAUCUCAUAGUGGCGCCGAUUAUCGAUAAGCCGCAGAUCGAGUACCUGUACGCGGCCGGCUUCAUCAGCGCAGGCAUGCUCGUCUACCUCCCGUUCGUAAAAUUUGGAUAUGUGCCCAAAUUCAUGGAAGGUGUCAAUGCUUUUCUGCAGAUGUUACUAGAAGUGGCUCCAACAGCAGUUGCCUUCGACUGAUUUCGAGAGGUACAAUUCUCCAGAUCAACAGUUCUUCAGGAUGCCGAAUCAUUCCAUUAUGGCAUUGCGCGAACUGUGUACACCUGAAUAAUCCUAUUUUAAAUACAUACAGACAAGAGCGUUAUAUAUCCUAUAUUACAAAGCUCAAGGCUGACACAAAAAAAAAAACGGAUCCAUAAAAAAAUAUAUAUAUUAUAUAAAAAUAUAUUAUUUUACUACUUGUUAUUCUUCGUAUAUAGUAUACAACACGCAGAAAAGAUGUUAUUGUUAGACAAUAGAUAGUUGAUGUUGUAACAAGACAGCAAUGAAUCAACAGAAAAUAUUUUAAAUGUUUACAGU